UUCGUUCCGCUCCGCUGAAACCAACGAUCACCGCAGCCAUUGUCUACCACUAUUUCCAACUGCUAGAUCUCCUUGACCUGCGACCCUCGUCUUCUUCUUACUAACACAAUGGCUGACGAAGAACCUGUUGAUCCUAAGGGAUACCUUGAAGAGUCUUGCAAACCAAAGUGUGUUAAACCAUUACUUGAAUAUCAGGCAUGCGUUAAAAGGAUCCAAGGUGAUGAAUCUGGGCACAAACAUUGCACAGGACAAUAUUUUGAUUAUUGGUCAUGCAUCGACAAAUGUGUUGCACCGAAGCUAUUCUCCAAACUGAAGUGAUGGCAGAUGAUUUUGGUAUAUUGUGAUGAUUAUCUUUUCAUCUCCUAUUUUGUUGGAAAUGACUGCUCCCUCACAUUUGCCUUUGCACCCGUUAUUGUGGUUACUGUGAAAGUUUGAACUCAGGGUGAUCUUAGGUCGGUCUUUAAUAAAAAAGAAAAAAAGUGAAACACUAGCGAAGUCGUUACUCCUUUUGAUUUGGAAGGAUGCUUUUUCACUUGACAAUGUGGUGGAUCUGACUUUUUAAGUGGGAUUUUGUCGUGCAAUGGAAGUUUAAUUUGUCUGGGCCGA